AUGGCGCCUAUGCACAAAUGGAGUGAAAAUGAAACGUUAAAAUUUGUGAGUUUAUAUAAAGAAUGUGAAAUACUGUGGAAUGUUCACGAUACAAAUUAUAAAAACAGAGAAAAGCGAAACAAAGCAUUUGAAUACAUACAGCAGGAAAUGAACAUGAAAAACUUGACCCUGGAUAUGAUAAAGAAGAAAAUAAAAGCGAUCAGAGAUACCUAUCACUUGGAGAAAAAUAAAAUAACAAAGUAUAAGAAAUCUGGGGCAUUACCAGAUGACUUAUCCACCCCAAGACUUGUUUGGUUUAAUGAAGCCGCUACAUUCCUUGAGUACUGCGCUGGUAGAGAAUGUUCUAGUAGUCUGGUAUGGAUUUCAGCAAAUUUAUUUGGGUAA